UCAGUCAUCAAUACUCGGGUCCUUCAGAAUAGCCGAGAGUUUGAUUCUUCCUGUGGUAGUUCUAAAUUUAUUCGUUUAUAAUAAAUGUUUUAAAGUGUUUUGUUGACCAUAAAAUAGAAAUAAAAUAUUAUGUUUCAGUGUUGAUCUAGUGUAGUCGUAUUGAUUUGUUUCGUGUUAGGUAAAAAAAGCAGUAACUGUUUUCUAUUAUUGAUAACUAUGUGGAAAUCAACGGCAGGUCGUGACAUCGAUGUCAGUACAUUAACACCGGCCGAGGAUGAUGACUGGGAGACCGAUCCGGAUUUUGUGAACGACGUAAGCGAACAAGAACAACGAUGGGGCUCAAAGACGGUAGAGGGCUCGGGGCGCAGUGCCGGUGCCAUCGAUAUGCAACAGUUGAGACAGGAAACCGAGCGGGCUGACGCGGACAAAAAGCAAAAGGAUGGACCUAAAUCAUCGCACGGUUACGGUGGCAAGUUCGGCGUCGAGAAGGAUCGCAUGGACAAAUCCGCCUUGGGCCACGACCAUCUCGAGAAACUGGAGAAGCAUGCCUCCCAGAAAGACUAUUCGACUGGAUUCGGCGGAAAGUUUGGUGUGCAAACGGAUCGGGUGGAUAAAUGUGCCGCCAGCUGGGAUCACAAGGAAAAGGUUGAGAAGCAUGCUUCGCAGAAGGAUUAUUCGACUGGAUUUGGUGGAAAGUUCGGAGUUCAGAAAGAUCGCGUGGAUAAGUCCGCUGUUGGCUGGGAUCAUGUUGAAAAAGUCGACAAACACGAAUCGCAGAAAGACUACAGCAAGGGUUUCGGCGGGAAGUUUGGCGUGGAGGCGGACCGGCAGGACAAAUCGGCCGUCGGAUGGGAUCAUGUCGAACAACCGCAGAAGCACGAGAGUCAACUGGAUCAUAAAGUGGGCUUCGGAGGGAAAUUUGGCGUGCAGACGGACCGCAAGGAUAAAUCCGCUCUCGGUUGGGAUCACGUUGAAAAGACGCAAAUGCAUGAGAGCCAGGUUGACCACAAGAUUGGUUUUGGUGGUAAGUUCGGCGUACAGAAAGAUCGAAUGGACAAGUCUGCUUUAGGAUUCCAAGAGCAGGAUAAAAUUGGAACCAACUACACGAAGGUUAAACCGGAUAUUGGUUCAGCGAAGCCGUCGAACAUUCGAGCGCGUUUCGAAAACUUUGCUGCUGCCGCUGAGGAAGAGACCAGGAAAAAGGCCGAAGAACAAAAGCGACUACGCGAAGAAAAGGAUCGAAAAGACAAAGAAGAGGCCUCAAAACGUUUGAAUGCAGUCACCGAAACUAGCGAGCCUAAGAAACCGGAACGAAAAGGACCAAUCAAUACUGGUCGUGAGCAAGGUGUUGGUAGUACUAUCAGUAACUUCAACAAGCAACCAGAUGCGGUCCCAGAAAUCAUAAGGAAAGAACAAAUUGUACUACCAAAGGAAGAACUGCCAAUCAUCCAACCGGAUGUCAUACCAACGACUGUGUUGCCCGUUCAACAUCAGGAGCCAGUUGUACAGGAAGAAACACAGAUUCAAGUUUCUUCUUCUAGAAAUCAACCGGUUCCCGAACCGGAACCAGAGCUACAACCAGAACCUGCACCGGUUGCCGUUGCGGUAACUGAGCAACCCGUACUGCCUCAACCACAACAAACGGAGGUUGUUCCGGAGCAAGAGGAAGCAGAAGAAUUUAUCCUUUCUGCCGAUAAUCCUGGAGUACAGGCAAUUGCCUUGUACGACUAUCAGGCGGCAGCGGAUGACGAAAUUUCUUUCGAUCCAGACGAUCGAAUUACCCACAUUGAGAUGAUUGAUGAGGGCUGGUGGAGAGGAUUGUGUAACAACCAGUACGGUUUGUUCCCGGCCAACUAUGUGCAACUGAUUCAGUAGAACAGGUUUCCCGUCAGAAGCUUUCUUGCGAGCGCUCUAAGCGUUGCACGAAAUUUUUUUUUAUUUAAAUUAUAUGUUCAAUCAAGCGCACAUUUUAUUUUUCGCAGACAGGUAUUUGGUCUGAUACUUCCUCACGAGUAAGGACUGCUGACAUUCCGUGACUUUUUACGGGCAUUUUUAUUUUGUUUUGAACUGUUUAAAGUAUAUAUUUUUGUUCUGUGUAAGGUUGUAUACUCUCGAAAUAAUCAAAUCAGGAUCAGGCUUUUGUCGCUUUCCUGUAAGGCCAAAAAGCGGCGAACAUUGUAAUCAGUUCACCAAAUUAUCAGAAUACGAAAAAAUACUAAUCAUAUAGCAUAAUUUGUUCGAAAUAUAACUCAAACCCCUCCCCAA